AUGUCUGGGAUUAAACGAGAGCAUUUAGAUUUAGAAGACUAUUCAGAUUCAGAGGUAUUUAAAAAAAGAAAGUUGUCAGACGAAGGGCAGAUAUAUAUCCCAAAAUUCGAUUCAAAAAUUACAUCAUGUGAAUACAUAUUAGCGAAUGGUUUUAGGCGACCAUUCUGUAGGCAUUACGAAGCUGUAAAUAUCCCAACAUCCGAAAACCGUGUUGUAACGAUUCAUGAGACGUACCAUAUUGGAUAUUUAGACAGUUCAGAUGGGGAAGAAGAUGAGCGUCUGUAUAUUUUUGAGAAGUCAGAAACUUUUUUCGAUAGUGGGCCAUCGGCUUUCUUGAAGCAAGAGUACUACGAUCAGCUGUCUUCAUAUGCAAACGAUGCUCUAAACAAACUUACACAUGAAAUCAAUGAUUGGUUAAUGGCUUGUCAGGAGUUUGAAGAUAAAUCAACGUUACGGCGACACAUGACUGCACAUCGUGCCUGUAGUGAACUCAGAUACCAAACACUUCGUCUCUUAAACAUUCUCGAACCUCAUUUUCAGUAUACUAAGUUUGACUUCCAGUCACCCUGUGUCGAUAAACUUUUUUAUUUUAUCCUGAAAUCCUUGGAUCUAGGUCAGAAAAUUAAAAAUCCCAAAGAGUUUAAUUCCACCGACGGCAAAAUUCCUGUCGUCUCUUUGUGUUUAGAUCCAGAACACUGCCUCAAUAACUUACGAGAGCUGGUGCUGAAUCUUCUGCAGAAACUCAUGCCUCAUUUAGUACUACCAGAAGAUUUCAACGCUGAAAAUGAUUUGUUACCACUAAUUGACGCAGUUUGCGCUUGCAACCUACAAACGUGA